ACUAAGCAACACCUGCCUCGGCGGGGCUGUCCUGCGUGACUGUCUUGCGUGAUGGAGCCACCCACUAAGAAGGCGCGCACGGACGAGGGUGAGCCCCUAGAGGUGGCAGAGGGAGCCCAGCCUGCUGCGGUUGGAUUGAUCAGCACCGAACCGGUCUUGGAGCCCGAGGAGCUCGAGUUCGAUGACACGAGCACCGGGCCCAAGGUGAAGGACAAAGCAACCUUCUAUGUGGAAGACACCACCAUGAAUGUUCUCAGUUCGAAGUACAACACCUUGAUGCCCCUCACAGACGGAGGCCUCCAAUACCUCUUAGCAGGAGCGCGCGCCAAUCUUGGUGUGAAGACAGGUCGGUACAUGUUCGAGAUUCGAUUCUUGGAGGUGAUGGCCCCCUUGGAAGAUCCCAAUGCCCGGGCGCAGGUGCCACAACCACGCAGCCAGCUUCGAAUAGGUUUUGCCAGCGUGAAAUCCAAUUUGUUUCUCGGACACAGCGAGCAUGCCAUUGGCUUCGACAACGAAGGGUUCCUUCUCCAUGGGAAGGGCCGAAGUCAGGUGUCGCAGAAAUUCAGCACCGGUGACGUGGUCGCAGUGGUGUUGAAUCUGAACAGCGCCAGUCCCAACGCUCAUACCAUCAGCCUCUUCAAGAACGGCAAACGUGCCUCGCAGCCGCAAGCUCUGCCAGAGAUAUUGAAGGACAAGGCGUUGUACCCCAUCUUGACCUUCAAGAAUGCGCUAGCCACAGUCACGUUGCACUACAACUUCGGGCCGCAUACUAUGGCCCCUUUGCCCUUCAAGUGCCGUAGCAUCAACGAAGUCUUACAGCCCGACGUCAGUAAGAAGAAGGAACACACAGCCCACAGUGAGGGGCAAUACGAGGUCUGGCCUCCGAAUGGUCCGCCGCAGAAAGCUGAAGAUGUGCAGACAAAGAUCUUCCCAAGAUCUGUGCUAGCGCCAGCGGAACCAAGGAUCCCUUGCCCCUUCAGUGAUCCGCUGAUCCGCCGCUGCUCGGCCUUGCUGUGGGCGCAUCUGCGGCGCCUCCAUGCGCAUAUGGCGCCUUCCGUGCAGGCAGAGCUCACCAAUCGUCUGGUCCAUGCCUCCAAACUGGGACGAGCCAUGAUUUCCAUCGCAUCCCACGGUGAAGGCGAUCGAUCAGGCUAUUUGGAGGUGGUUCGCAACUGCAUCAUGCUGCAGCGAUGUCUGGUUCAGGCGAUGGACUUCAAUGAUUCGCCGCUGCUACAGCUGCCCCACGUGAGGUCGGUACCAAAGGGGGCACCCAGCUUUUCAGAGGUGUUAAAGUCGCCCGAACAGUCCCUGUUGAAGAGACUCGGAAACUUCACGGAGCAACAGGUUCUGGACAUCCAGUGCUUCUGUCAGCACCUUCCGAUGGUUGAGCUCAGCUACAGCGUGGAGGUGAAUGAUGAAGCAGAGAUGGCUGAAGGCGAUAUGGCCACCUUGAAGGUCACCUUCACCAGAACCAACCUCUCCGACUCCGAGUCGGCCGGGCCGGUGCACGCACUCUUCUUCCCUGUGGUGAAGCACGAGGAAUGGUGGCUGCUGGUCUACGACAAGCGUGGACGCAGGAUGAUCGCCGCGGAUCUGGUUCUGGGAACCGGCCGUGUCUGCAAAAGCAGUGUGAAUUUUAUCGUGCCGCGGCCCGGUGACUUUGAAUGGUCGGUGAUUGCCAUGUGCGACUCCUACGCAGGUUUGGACGUAACUUUGGAUGUCCACUUCAGAGGGAAGAAGAAGUCUGAAGUGGAUCGGUCGAUCUUUAUUCAUCCGGAGGAUGCGGAAAUUCGCAGUUUCUUCGAAGAACUGAUGAUGGGUCUUGAUCAGGACCACGAAUCGGAUUCUGAAGAUGAAGAGGAUGAUUCUGCACGGCAGCAACAGAUGCAUCUGGGUGGCAAGUCAUGGUGCAAGUCGGAGUGA